UAUAAUAUUGCAUUCUCCGGUCUUAUCCAGGAAUUUAUUUAACAAAGUCUGUGAAUGAAUGGUUCAUAAUUCAUAUUGGUAGCUCAUGUACUUGUGCAGUUGCAGAGUAGUCGAGUGGAGAAUAAUUAACUAUGAUGACAAGCUUGAAGUUGAAUCUAGCUCAUACCAUGAUUCUAUGUCCCCGCAGCAUCACUUCUAUAAUCGCAUUUUCACCAUCCUCUCUCACUCACUUCCAACACGCUUCUUCUUCUUCACCAAUAAUUGGUAUUGGUGAUUAUACUAUCCGCACCCAUUCACAUUCUCAUCCAUUUCCACCAGAAUCUGAAAACCAAGUUGAAGAUCUUCGUGUUCCUCAUCGUUGGUUACUCCCAACCAAUGCCCUCCAGGAAUCAGAGUGGCUAAGGGUUACUUUACACAAAUGGUUGGAUGAUGAAUACUGUCCUGAGGAAACCAAUGUGGAGAUAAGCAGAGUUGCUGCCAACUCCUAUUACAAUUCUUUGAUACAUAAACAAACUGAUUUGGGUGAGAUUUUGUUGAAUAUAGCACGUGAAUUGGAGUCCAUUUCUUAUAAAGAAAGUUUUCAUGGUGCUUUCUCAUCUGCAAAUGCUGCUGUAAGCCUAAUUGCUCAGCGGAUUGAACAAUUCUGCCACCCAAAUUGAAUUUUAUAGCUCCUCAUGUUUUGGUUUUUUUUUUACCACUAAAAUAAGGUUGAAUUUACUGCUCUUAAUGUAUUGUAUAUAUAGUCUUGUAACUUGUUUCUUUUUUAUUAUUAUUAUCAUAGAGUUUCCUAAUUCACUCUUUGGUUGAUCACAUGUUAUCCUACUCGAGAACUUCUGGUGUAUUUACUGUAGCAUAAUUGUUUUUUUUUU